CUGUUAGCCAGCGUUAGCACGCGAGGCUACUUAAACGGCAGUUCGCGCUGAGACUCGGUGUUUUUCACCGGAGUCUGGGACCGAGCAGGCGGGACAUUAACGCGGAAUAUUCAGCUACACGCGAACCCAGUUUGAAUUGUCGCAAUGUGUUGCAGGAAUUAGAAACAGAAGCUAACGCGGCUAGCUGCCGUGACAAGCUAAGGUCAAUAAGCUGACCAGUACUGACAGCUCGUAACAUGAGAAGGUAUCUUUCUGAGUUGCCUCCUAUAUUACCACUUCUACCAAGGUCAAUAAUGUAGUUACUAUUGUGGAUCGAGUCUUUAAAAUAAUCCGACUUUGCCUUAAUUGGUUUACCAAGUUGAUUGUUGUUACGCGAUAGAACUCUUCGUCUGUGUUUUGGAGCUGCUCACAACAUGGUUAUGACUGUUUCACAUCUUGCUUCCGUGAGAUCCAAUGUGCCUGUUCUGGUUCUGGUUGCUUGCUUGAGUGUGUAGCAGUGUUGGUUUGUUGAUGAUGUAGCAGAGUCUGGCACCAACAAACUGUAUUACACUGCUUAGGCAGACAUGAUGGAUGUGUUCAGUAGAUGUAAUAGGACCAAAAAUGUAAAUGGCACACUUCCAAACAUGAGUUACUACACUCAUGUUUGUGUCUGUGUGGCACUGGAUGGCGACCUUUCACGAGAUUGCUUCCAGUAGCCGAUGACCCUUGCUUACUUAACUCAAGCGGUCAACUGCGAAUACAUUGUUGUAAUUAGGACGUGAGGCGAUAAAAGAUAUGUCUUUGUUUUUGUGUUGUUUAUUUGCUUUAUUGUCAAUGGUGAACUAUUUAGUAUCACAUUAAAAUCCCAUCAGCAUUAAUUCAUUUAUGUAUUUAAAGAUAAGUUUGGUUUUAUUCUAUGAAUACAAACAAGCAACGUAUCACUGUUGUGGGGGAAAAUUUCUGAAUAAACUCAUGAUGUCGUGGCGCAACUGUUGACGCUGCUGCGUCAGAUGGGGUUUGUUGUUGUCCAAGGGGAUGGUUGGGUGUUUAGAAAGAUUAUGUAUGUUUGUGCCGAGUAACAACAUUACAGUCUGGACAGAUUCCAUUUUCAGAAGACCAGGCAUGCCUCAAUAUUGGGAUUGGAUGAGAAAUUCAAAUGCCGUCGCACCCAUCAAUGAAGAGAGAUAAGUCAAGUCUUCAGCAAAAGUUGUGUCCUGGCAGCAGAUGUCCUCCCUCUGAUGACUCAGAAAGGCUUUCCGUUGGUGAGAGAUCCAUCUGGUGGUCUGUCACAGCCACAUCAUCGCUUUAGUCUAUUUUCUGAAUCCUGACCACCUCUGAGCCAGAUGAAAGACAUAAAGUGCAGUCCAAACCAGUGUAUGGCAGUAAUGAGCUGCUGAGGCUUCACAAGUACACAGAGCUACUCGCACACAUUUGAUUCUUAAGGCAACUCUGAGGAAGUGGUGACCCUGGUUUCCAACCGUCUCUCCGUUAGUCUGCUCUCUCCCAUCCCCUUCACUGGUUCGGUCUUUCGACUCUCGGCGGUGGAUUGGAGUGCUCUGAUCGAAGGCUGUGCGAGGUGGUUUUUCGGUCUGGCGCCGCCUCCCCCAGGGGCCGGCGUGCGCUCCCCGCAGCCCGUGGUGCCCUGUGCCCCCCCGUCCCCAUCGCCACACAGCAGAGCUCAUGCCCCAGGAGGAGGUGCGGUUCGUCCGCCAGGAGCCAUGUGCCUCCCUCACUCAAUCAACAUGGAGAAUAAGCUUCAGGGGACGGGGGGAGGGGCUUUACUGCGGUCUCGUGUUGGAGGGGUUUCGCUGGAGCCCUUCAUCCACCAGGUGGGCGGACACACUAGCAUGAUGCGCUACGAUGAUCACACCGUCUGCAAGCCCCUAAUCAGCAGAGAGCAGCGCUUUUAUGAGUCUUUGCCACCUGAGAUGAAGGAGUUCACCCCGGAAUAUAAAGGUGUGGUGCUGGUGUGCUUCGAAGGCGACUCUGACGGAUACAUCAACCUGGUUGCGUAUCCUUACGGGGAAAGUAGCACCGAGGGGGGUUCUGGAGAGCCGGAGAAUCCCCCUGAGAGAGAGCAGCCCAGGAGGAAGCACUCCCGACGCAGCCUCCACCGCUCCUCCCCGUCCACGGAGUACAAGGAGGAGCGAUCGGAGAAGAGGGAGGUGCAAGACUCGGACAGCUUUGACAGCACUCUGACUGAGCUCAAGAGUCCCAGACUGGAGUCCAAGAUCCACUCGGACGUCCCCUUCCAGAUGCUGGACUGGAACAGUGGCGUGAGUUCGGAGAAGAUCAGCCACAAUCCCUGGAGCCUUCGCUGCCACAAACAACAGCUGAGCCGCAUGAGGUCCGAGUCCAAGGACCGCAAACUCUUCAAGUUCCUGCUGCUGGAGAACGUGGUGCACCACUUCUCCUACCCCUGCAUCCUGGACUUGAAGAUGGGGACACGGCAGCACGGGGACGACGCCUCCGAGGAGAAGGCUGCCAGACAGAUCAGGAAGUGUGAGCAGAGCACAUCGGCUACGCUGGGAGUCAGAGUGUGCGGCAUGCAGGUCUACCAGCAGAACACGGAUCAGUACCUCUGCAGGAACAAGUACUACGGCCGCGGCCUGUCGAUCGAGGGGUUCCGCGAGGCUCUCUACCAGUACUUGCACAACGGGAAGGGCCUGAGGCAGGACCUCUUUGAGCCAAUCCUCAAUAAGCUUCGCAGCCUGAAGGCCGUGCUGGAGAAGCAGGCGUCUUACCGCUUCUACUCAUCUUCGCUGCUCAUCAUUUAUGAGGGAAAGAACCCGGAGUCUCUGGUGGCCUCCACCUCAGCGCAGCAUGCAGCCCCUCAGAAGACCACAAUGACUCCCUCAGUGUCCCACCGCAGCUCUGGACCCACAGCACCUUUGGCCCAGGAAGCGCCUAGUGAAAAGGCCUCCAGCCAGUCGGUGGACCCAGGAACGCAGCCUCCUCAGGGACCCGGAAAAGCAACACAGCCACCCUCGCAGCCCACGGCCAUCAAAUCAGACUGCCCGCCCUCCCAACAGCCGGACCUCUCUUCUUCAUCAUCUCACAACUCGAAUGUCUGUCCCUCCUCCAGCACCUCACACGCGCAGCAGCCCCCUCUUGUGGAUGUCCGUAUGAUCGACUUUGCCCACUCCACAUAUAAAGGCUUCCGGGGCGACACUGCGGUCCACGACGGACCCGACAGAGGCUACGUGUUCGGACUAGAGAGCCUGGCCCAGAUCCUCGAGAGUCUGCGGGACGACAACCUGCCAUAGUCAGGGACGCACCGGCAAACACACCGCUUGUCAGUCAAGGUGUUGAAGUAGGCGCAGGUCACGCCCCGGUGGCUGUAAAUAAAGAGUCAACAACAGUCCACGAGGUCUGUCAGCCACACAAAGAUGAGCCGUUACUAUAGCAACCAAAUUCUGCAGCACUGGGGUGGAGCUCUGCGCCUGAACUCACAGACACUGUCACUUGAGUGAGUACCUUCAGUUACAUGAUGCAUUCCCUCUCUGCCGCCCGAACUGUACUCAGAACCACUGGGACAACUGCUUCCUAAAAACCCCACCCCCAACCGACUCCCCCUCUUGUCUCCACCAAAAGCAAGAGUUUCACCCCAAAACAUCCUGUUAAGCAAUAGGUCGCCUCUGUCAGCCUUGUGGGCAGCGCCCUCAACAGGCCGGGCAGUGAAGACCCUCAUCGCAGUCUUUAGAAAGUUUGGACCCAACGUGUUUGUACCCGUCGUCCUGUGACAGCGUCCUCUUGAGUUUUCUGUGACAGUUAUCGCCGAAUAAAGUCUGCAGAUAUCCUAGCAAACCUCUCAGCCAAUCCCACAGUGACCUCUCCCAGACAUAUAAACAACCCUCGCCCCUUUAUGAUGUCGGAACUUCACCGCUUUUAUUUCUGGGGGGUUUGUUAAACCCGUUUGUUUUAUUUCAGAGUGAUGUGUGACUUCAACACGACAAUCAGUUUUAUUUUCAGGAAGUCUUAAAGCUUUGAGUUUGAACAUUGUUCUUGAGUGCUUUGUUAUAUCUCUUUAUCCAGCACCUGUUUUCACGCUUAUAUGUCUGAAGCUGGACCGGAUCAGUCAGCCUGGACCUGGAGUCUGAGUUGUGCUGCAUUUCACACCGACAAAGUGGACCAGACUCCAGGCCAAAACCAAGGGAUAUAUAUUUCAAAUAUACAAUUUAAAGCAGAUGAUCAACUCACAUUGGGUUGGGCUUUCCGUGUUUGUGAUUCCACUACUGGGAACAUUCCAGUGUUUUCCCAAAAGGUUCGCCGUACUUGCAGAAUAAAUUCUUCCAAAGAUUGUCGUAAAUGAAUAAGAACAGAUUAAAUUUAAGAGUUGCUGAUGUCUAUCACAGCACUGUUGGGAGGAAAUCUGAAAAAGAUCUGCCCUCAUUUGCUCUUCUACCCAUUAACAAAAUGUAACAUCUUAUGUAAUGGGACCAAAUCUGAAGACUUGAAACAGCCCUAAAAACCCAGGCAACUCGUGAAAAUGCUGCAGUGAGAGUUUAUUUUCAUAAGGGAUUUGUUGAGGGAAGAAAAGUUUAGCAGAGGUGGUUGCAGCGCUGGGCCGGUGUCAUGUGAAUAAGAAGCUUAUUUUUCUGAUGUAGAGUAUUUCCAUUUGUGGAAAUAUUAUAGAUUAUAUUCAAAGAUUAAAGACCGUUCAAAACUAUUUUUUAGGAGUCUAUAUAAUUUUCUAAAAUGUUUUGGCUCAUUGUCACCCAGCUCUGCCCUACCACCACCCGAUUGGUCAGAUGGCCGGCCAGUCAGAGGAGUGCAGUCAUCACCGCUCAGUAGCCCAGCACUGCCCCCUGCUGAGAACAUAUAUGAAUAUUCUCUUUGAAGCACCCAUUGUGUUUUUGUCACUUGUCACAUGUAAGAUUACUGACGGAGCGUGUUGAUCAGUAUUAUGCUGCAGAAAGUUUGUGUGUGUGUGACCUUCACUUGUCUCACCUGUAAACAUCUGCAUGCACGUGAGCGCCCUCUAGUUGUAGGUGACCCCAGAAGGUUCUGGUCCCCACAUGACCCAAUGUUGAAUCACAAACAUUUUCAAGACUGGUUUCUACUUCCCUGUAUCGGUCCCGGCUGUUUUUGUUAGAACAGUGAACGUGACAUUAAAAGGUU